GACUAAGUCCGCCAUUCUUUUUAUAUUUUUAUUAAGGAUUGGAAUGAGCGAUGGAAGAAUUUUAUUUCCAGCAGAUCAAAAUAUGCAUCACUUUUGUAAAACUUUUAACCUACGUUCAGGACAUAAGAAUUUGAAAGGAUGGGAUCUGACUUGAAUCGCUUCCUGGACUCCGAACUGUAGCAGCUUGAAAGCGUCGUAGCUUUUAACUCGAGUGUUUUUCACGGAUGGUUAUUAAUGGGUUAUUCAUUAUUUAUUGUAAACAUAAUGUGUUUACUUAGAUAACUAGUGAUUUAUGAAUAUGAUGGUUAGGAACCAGUUGAUAUUAUGUUUGGAUUUGUAGCCAUGUAGCGUCAUAUUGUAGACAAAAGACUGUCACUAUUAAUGGACAAUGGAAAAGUUGAGACUAGUGGAUGGCUUGGAAGCAAUACCGUCAUUACGAAUACAGUCCCAUUGCGAUACGUUAUUCCUCUAUAUGCAACACUUACACAUUACAAACCGUUUCCUGGAUGUUAUUGUUCAAAAUGGAGGUGAUUAUGCGACAUCGGCUCAUCGUAUUAUUCUAGCUGCUUAUAGCAGACAUUUCGAUGCAGCUUUGUCUAGUGUGCAAGAUUCUGCAGUUAUAACCUUGAACAUUGAUCCAAAAAUUACAGGUGUGGAAAUGGAUGAUCUUCGGGCACUGGUGAAAUAUAUGUAUACUGGACGUUGCAACAAUCGAUCUCAAAACAGGACACUUUCUGUUGCAAAUGCGCUUGGUUGUGACUCUUUAAUUAAACUACUAGAAAGUGAAGAAGCUCGGGUUUAUCAGAAUGUAGAAUUAGAAAAUCCAGAUCAUGCGCAGGAACUAUUACAAGCAAUUUAUCGUUUCAAAACUCAAGGAAAAUUUAUCGAUUGUUUCGUGAGUAGCCAGAACAGAAUGAUUCUUCGGUGUCAUCGUUUGAUGCUUUGUGCAUUCAGUACUCAUUUCGAAAAUGCACUUGCAUGUACCGAGAAAAGUGCCAUUGUCACUGUUGAUAUCGAUCCUCAAAUUACGGGUGUUAGUAGUAUGGAUUUGAGGAAUAUAGUCGAUUUUCUGUACAGCGGAUCAGUUAGCACUACAUCGAGAGGUCAUAAGAUAUUACGGCAAGCUGCUGUUACUUUGGGUGUAGCUAGAUUAGUUGAUGCUAUCGAUGAAGAAAUAAUUUUUUCCGAAACAAAUCAUUCAUACUGUACUGAUGAUCGUGAUGAAAUGCUUGUGACAAACACAGUUUGCGAGUUUUCGGAUUUCAUAGAUAAUAGAAAUUUGAUUGGGAAUGGCGAGUCCAAUAUUUCUACUGUAAACGGUUCAAUCUUUGAAGAUGAAAAUGAUGACAAUAAUCUGGCAGAAACCAGUGCUGAAGAUCUUAUGGAAGAAGCUUCUAAUUUUAUAGACAAAGAUGAAAUACAGAUGGCAGAAGAUGACAUAAAACAAAGUGGGAUGGUCGUUGCGAAGGCAGCAAAUGAUUACAUGUAUAUUUAUGAAAAAUUUGUUGCUGGACCAAGACGUGGUCGCAAGGGUGGUACAUAUGGACAUAAGCGAUUGAUGUUGCAACUGAAAAAAAAUAAGCUCUCUCAUGUGGAGGAAGCAUCAACCAGUUAUGAUGCUAUACAGAAUGAUGAUUUUGAAACAGUCUCUGCAGUGACGGUGUCGUACAUUCCACCCGCCAAAAAGUGUCAUUUGCUGGACAGUUUUGGUUAUGGUUUACCUGAAAUUGUUGCACCCAAAGAUGUGACUGUGCCUUUAUUAGUUGGCGACCAAGAGAUAAUGAUGGAAAAACCCUUCAAGUGUCCAUUCUGUAAUCAUCGUACAAAGGAGAAGAGUGCGGUUGAAAAACAUGUCAGAUGUAUACAUACCUUGGAAACUCCUUACAAAUGUCAAUAUUGCAAUCAAGCUUUUAAAGUGCAGAGCAAUCUUGUCAGGCAUAUUCGAGCCCAUACAGGCGAAAAACCGUACACAUGCAAAAAAUGUGGAACGACAUAUGCAGAUAAGAAAAAUAUGGAUGCGCAUAUAUUUAGAGAGCAUUUGAAAGUGAAACCAUUUGAAUGUCCGGAAGAGUUCUGCAGAGCUAAAUUUUGGCGAAAAGAUCGUUUUGUUGUGCACUGUCGUCGAACGCACAGUUUUGAACCGGUUAUUACUUUUGAAAAAUUGAGUACCUGAAUAACAGUUGAAUCUGGAGCUAUUCCUCACGAUUUCAUGUUUCCUGAUGUUCUCCAGAAAUGCUUUUCUUUAAACUGUGAUUAUAUAGAAUAAUUAGGUGCCAGUUAUUGGAUAUUUCUUUUAUCAGUCCCUUCUGUGUUAAUUUUUGGCAGCAUCUUCAUUUUAUUGUGAUUUACUAAUCACUGAGAAAAAGAAUAAUCUCCAGAAUUUAUUUUAAAUCAUAU